AUAAAAGCUUAAAGAUUAGUUAACCCCUUUCAAUUAUUUUUGACACAUCAUCAUUUCUGGACUCACUUAGAUGGAAACACGUCUGGCCCUGGAGCAUGUUCUCAUCUUAUUCAUGGGAUGACACACGAGGUGAGAAUCAUAAAAUCAAAAUGACUUCAAUGAAGCAUAAGCUUACAAUAGGAUCAAUCGGAGGAAAACAUGUCUUCAACAAAAACCAGCAAAUUAUUCAUCUGGGCAAACUGGGAAAAGUUGAAGAAGCUGUAAGAGUCUUCUCAAAUACAAUCCACAAAAACCUUGUAACAUACAAUUCCAUGAUAUCCGUGUUUGCUAAAAACGGUAAAAUCAGUGAUGCCCGACAGCUGUUUGAUAAAAUGUCCCAGAGAAACCUUGUUUCUUGGAACACCAUGAUUGCUGGAUACCUUCAUAAUAGUAUGGUUGAAGAAGCCAGUAAGCUGUUUGAUGUAAUGCCUGAAAGAGACAAUUUCUCGUGGGCUCUCAUGAUAACUUGCUAUACUCGUAAAGGGAAGCUUGAGAAGGCGAGAGAGCUGCUCGAAUUGGUUCCGGAUAAGUUGGACACUGCGUGUUGGAAUGCGGUGAUAGCUGGUUACGCAAAGAAGGGCCAGUUCAGUGAUGCUGAGAAAGUGUUUAACUUGAUGCCUGUAAAGGAUUUGGUUUCUUACAACUCAAUGUUAGCUGGGUAUACGCAGAACGGGAAAAUGGGUUUAGCAUUGCACUUCUUUGAGAAGAUGGCCGAGAAGAAUGUAGUUUCGUGGAAUUUGAUGGUGUCCGGGUUUGUUAACAGUGGUGACCUGAGUUCUGCUAGGCAAUUGUUUGAAAAGAUUCCAAAUCCGAAUGCUGUUUCUUGGGUUACGAUGUUGUGUGGGUUUGCAAGACAUGGAAAGAUUACAGAGGCUAGGAGACUCUUUGACAGUAUGCCUUGUAAGAAUGUGGUUUCUUGGAAUGCAAUGAUUGCAGCCUAUGCCCAAGACUUGCAAAUUGAUGAAGCUGUUAAGUUGUUCAUAAAAAUGCCACAUAAAGAUGGUGUAUCAUGGACUACUAUAAUUAAUGGGUACAUUAGAGUUGGUAAGCUUGAUGAAGCACGGGAAGUUUACAAUCAGAUGCCUUGCAAAGACAUAGCAGCAGAAACAGCAUUGAUGUCAGGAUUAAUCCAGACUGGAAGGGUAGAUGAGGCUAGUAAAAUGUUCAAUCAACUUAGUACGCGUGAUACUAUUUGUUGGAACAGCAUGAUUGCAGGCUUCUGCCAGAGUGGAAGAAUGGAUGAAGCUCUCGAUCUAUUUAGACAAAUGCCCAAAAAGAAUUCUGUUUCAUGGAAUACUAUGAUUUCUGGAUAUGCUCAGGCAGGACAGAUGGAUAGUGCAGAAAAUAUCUUUCAGGCCAUGGAGGAGAGGAAUAUAGUUUCCUGGAAUUCUCUUAUUACAGGUUUCCUCCAAAAUAGUUUAUACUUCGAUGCUCUCAAGAGUUUGGUUUUGAUGGGGCGGGAAGGAAAGAAGCCUGAUCAAUCAACUUUUGCAUGUUCCUUAAGUGCGUGUGCUAAUCUUGCUGCUUUGCAAGUAGGCAAUCAACUUCACGAGUACAUUCUGAAGAGUGGUUAUAUAAACGAUUUAUUUGUUAGCAAUGCCCUGAUUGCCAUGUAUGCAAAAUGUGGAAGGGUAGAAAGCGCUGAACAAGUGUUCACUGCUAUUGAAUGUGUUGAUCUGAUUUCUUGGAAUUCCUUGAUUUCAGGCUAUGCUUUGAAUGGAUAUGCAAUUGAGGCAUUUAAAGCCUUUAAACAGAUGUUAUCUGAAGAGGUGGUUCCUGAUCAGGUUACCUUUAUUGGGAUGUUGUCAGCAUGCAGUCAUGCUGGUUUAGCCAAUCAGGGCUUGGAUUUGUUUAAAUGCAUGGUUGAAGAUUUUGCUAUUGAACCUUUAGCUGAACAUUACAGCUGCCUGGUUGACUUGCUUGGCCGCAUGGGUAGGUUGGAGGAAGCCUUCAACGUAGUGAGGGGGAUGGAUGUGAAAGCAAAUGCUGGAUUGUGGGGUUCAUUGCUUGGGGCUUGUCGUGUACACAAAAACCUGGAAAUCGGUGAAUUUGCUGCUAUGAGGCUUUCAGAACUCGAACCUCAUAACGCUUCCAAUUAUAUUACCUUGUCAAACAUGCAUGCUGAAGCUGGUAGGUGGGAAGAGGUUGAAAGACUAAGGGUGUUGAUGAGAGAUAAAAGAGCUGGAAAGCUACCUGGCUGCAGCUGGAUUGAAGUACAAAAUCAGAUACAAUGUUUUCUAUCAGAUGAUUCGGGAAGGCUGAGACCUGAAACUAUUCAGAUUAUUUUGAACGCAAUAUCCGCACACAUGAGGGACAAAUUUAAUGUAUUUAACAUGCAAUCUGUUUUUGACAUUUCCUGAUUGGAGGUACUCACAAUCUGGUCUCACCAUCUUAGCUUUCAAGUUACACUGAAAAAGAUGCAGAUGUUCAGCAGAGCUUUGCAUUCAAUCUGUGCAAGAGAAUAAUGGACCAAGGAGACCUGGGGACAUCAUUACUUAGAAGUUACUAUUGGCUUCUGUUUGGGGUAAUUGCAUCAACGGAUGGAUUUUAUAUUGCAAAGACAAUCUCUGUCAUUUGGAUCCCAGGAGUAGUACGGCAGUAGCAUGUGUUCCUCUUCAAGGGCAUGCUGCUAAGUGUCCAAUACAGUCUGCCAAAGUUGUUCAAGAGUAAUUUUCCAUCGCCUGUACAUAUCGCUUUCAAUAAUUUUGGAGGAAGAUCAAACGAGCCCACUUCUCCCAUGAGACAAAUCCCCUCGACAUUCGGAGAUCACAUUAAGUGAGUAUGUCUCUCCCAACAAAUCAUUAUCUAUACGCACUGUCCGGAUCGAACCAUGGGUUAGAUGCUUAAGGAGCAUAGCUUUCUACCCGUUGUCCUGUAAUUUGUUUUUCGUACAUGUGGUAUUUGUACUGUACGAAUAUUAUAGGUUUUGAUUUAAUAAUAUAUAUGUAGUCUGAAAAAUCUAUGUAGGCUUGAUUAAGAGUUUCACUUUGUGAUUUUCUUUUGGUCCAUCAGCAUAGAUUACAUCA